ACUCUUUUCCUCUCUCGGGGCUUUGGGGAGGAACUGGAAACCCGUGGACGGAGAGGCGAUUCAGGGAUUUUCUCUUCUUCACUUCCAGGGUACAAAUCCUAACGGAGAUCUUUCUUUUGGCGGUCGAUCUUGUCUUAAAAGAGAGCGUCGUUAGAGAAAGAUGGACCAAAAAUCUGGUUUUGAGGAUGGGUUUGGGAGAUGUGCUUUGCUUUUCAAUUUUAUUUUUUUAUUUUUAUUUUAUUAUUUUGUUUUGGCACUCUGCGAGCUCGGUCUGAGAAAAUAUAGGGUUUUGCUGAUGGAACUGAGAUCUUUUUGAGAAGGUCGUAGAAAAAAAAAAUGGUAUUUUUCUCAUCAGGAAUGGCCGUGAUGAGUGGGUUGGGUUUGAAUCUCCACCUUGGCCUCCCUCCUUUGCCCCGCCAUCAAAGUCGAGACCUUGGCUCGGACCUCACCCUCAGCCCACUGCCUUUGUCUCCUUCGUCUGCUGAAGAAAUCCGUUGUCUUGCCGGCAUGCCGGGUGCUUUCGAGCAGCCACUUUUCCAAACUAACUACUCCCCAUCCAAUGCCUUGUCCACGCCUGAAUUGGUGCCCAUGGAUCCUCUUCGUGCCGCGGCCAACAGUCCUGCUUCGGAGCACAGACCACACUUGCCAUCUGUGGAACCUGAUGGCACUCCCCGUGCUCCUGCUCGACAAUUUGAACUGGAAACCCAUGCUUCAGAUGCUCCAUAUUCUCCUCCCCAUGUCUGUGCUUCGGCCGAGCCAGAUCAACCUUUGGCCUCGCAAAUUCCACUGCGGCAAAAUGAAGCAGCGGCAAGAUGAUUGCUGAAGAUAAUGGACCAUUCCUAUUCACGGUCCAAGGGCUUUCUAUCAACUUCUCAGCUGAGUGCACAUAAGAGAUACACAUGUUAGAUGAACUUCUCAGCACUCUUAUCUGGCAUCUCCUUUACAAAAACCAUCGUUCUUGUUUAUGCAGCAAAAAUACAUUCUUCAGCGUACAUGAGACAAUGAAUAUAUUGUGCCUGGUUCCACGCUCAGCCCGAGCUCUGUGCUGAGCCCUCCAUUUCCCCUCUUCGUGACUGCCGGCUUUCAAGCUCAGCCACCUCGAUGGCUUCGAACCCCAAAGACCGAGGAUUAGCAAUUGUGAUCAUGGGGGUCAGUGGCUCCGGCAAAUCGACAGUUGCUCAGAUGCUUGCAAAGUCAUUAGGCUGCAUGUUUGUUGAAGCUGAUGACUUCCACUCACGGAAAAAUAAAGAAAAGAUGAGAAAUGGGGUUCCACUUUCAGAUACAGACCGGUUUCCUUGGCUCGAAGCGCUUCGCGAUGCCAUUAGAAAGAACAUAAAUGAUUGCGAAAUGGUAACUCUUACUUGUUCAGCACUGCAAAAGAAGUACAGAGACAUCCUGAGGACCGCUGACCAAGAUUACAAGCCUGGGAAUUACACUAACUGUAGGGUGAAAUUUGUAUGUUUGGAGGCUCCAGUGGAAGUAAUUGCUGAUAGGAUGAAGAGAAGGUCCGAGGAAGGGAUGCACUUCAUGCCUCUGAGCCUACUACAGUCACAGUUGGAUUUGCUUCAGAUUGACGAGGCUGAAGGAAUUGCAAAGGCUGAUGCCACUAUGAGCCUUGAGGCCAUUGUCGACAGGGUUCUAGUUCUUUUAAGGACGGCAUGACUUCCAUGCGAUAAAAAAGGGAGUAUAUAUAUGAGGCAUUGCAAUUGAAUGUAAAGGUGCUGGGAUUAAGUGCAUUAUUUAUCUUUUUCAUCAAGUAAUAUAUUUGUCGUGCAGCAUUGAUAUAAUAUAGAUAAGUAUGGAACCAUUUUUGCAUUGUCAUUUAAAGAUUUGCCUCAAUAUUUUUGAAGUUGGCUUAAAUACCGGUUGAAAAAUCAAUACAUUAUCCAAUGAGACCAUGAAAUUUAUUUGAAGCAUAGCUUGUUGACUACAAAUAUAAAUGCAAUAGCCAUGAUGUGGAUGAUACCAUUCGAUCCGCCAUUCAGCUCGUGGAGGAUGAUGAACUGAUCAAGGAGCAACAUUAUGGUGUUUCUGGUGGAGUUGUAAUAAGAAGUGAUGGUAAUGAAGAUGUCUCCCGGUGGUAUUCUGAUGGUGUGCUUUCUUCUCCGAGAGAUAAUGAAGAGGAGAAUGAAGACGGGACCCAACAGCAUUGUGUUAAUGGGAUUGCUGCUACUGAGAAUAAUGAACAGGAGUGUGAGGCGCAGCAUCCGCUCCAUCAGGGUGGAGGUGAAUUAAGAAGCAGAAGCAAUAAAGUCUGAUACAGUCAUACAGAUGAUGUGCCUUCUCCUCCCGACAACAACGAAAACGAAACUGGUGGUCAGCAUCCCCACCAUGAGGAUGACAGUGAAUCAGCGAGUAAAGGUAAUGAAGAUGGCCCCAAAGAGCAUUCUGUUUAUGCGAUUUCUUUGAUGAAGGAGAAUAGAAAGGAGGAUGAACACCAACAUCUGCACCAUCAUGGGGAGAGUAAUUAAGAAGGCAGAGUUGAUGAGGCAGGCUCCGACGAACAUUCAGAUAAUGUGCUUGCUGCUCGCUUAAGAAGUGCCUUCGAGUGAUUCACCAAGAUCUCCCAAGGAUUUCUUCUGUACAGGCUGGCAGCUAGCAUCCAGAUUCUGUGAUAAGGAGCGGCAAAAGCAGCUAGAUGAUAGUGAAUUCUCAGCAAUCUGUAGAUUCUUUAUAAUAGCUGGCUAGCUGAAAGUGUAUGACCAGUUUUAACAAUCAUCAAGGAGAUCCAGGUGCAAAAUAUCUUCAUUAUGAUCUACUCCAUGUUGCAUAUGUACUUGUUAAUAGGAAUUCUAUUGGGGAUUCUUUUCAUAUAUAUUUUUGAAGUAGCUGAGUCUGUGCAUUAAUUAAAAGGCGCUGUAUGUAAAGUAGUUCUAUACUAUUUUUGAAAUUCUGACAUUUUAGCAAAGCGAUUAUAUA